GCUCAGGCGCACAUUGCCUCGCCCCGUACACGUUACGGGCAGAAAAACGAACUAUCAAAAGGCCAGAGCGUAACUCGAACGAGAACGACCAACCAUCAUGCCCUCGCUCGUCCUCCGCUCGUCCUCCGCCCCCACCUCGACCGCCUCUGCCACCAAGGUCUCCAACCCAACCAUCAUCGCCGGAAUCUGCGUCGCUUCCGUCGUCGCGUUCUCGCUCGCACUCUGGCUCGGCAUCCGCACGUUCCGUAAGCGCGCACAAAACAAGCGUGAAGAUGCGCGCGGCGCCGCCUUCCUCAACGUCCGCGGGCUCGUCAAAGAGGGCUCAGACAGCGAGAAACAGGACAUUCCUUCAGGUGACGUCCAAGCGAUUCAAGGAAGCCAGUUCUCCCGCGCAAACCUCACCUCGGACGUACCCAUGCCAGCCAAGGCGCCCCUCCGGCCGGACGCGAACCGCGAAGAGAUCAUCGAGUACUAUGCCACAGCCGGCGCGCUCCCCAAGCCCUUCUCGCCCUUCUCCUUUGCCCUGGCCGCCUCAUCCUCCUCAAGCUCCUCUCCUCAACCCAGUUCGCGUGACUCCCUCGCCUUCUCGAUCCCGUCCAUCACCGUCGAAGGGGCCGGCAAGGAGGCCGACCACCGCAGCUCGUGGCGCUCGUCGAUCUUCAACAUCGGCCGCGGGAACCGGUCUUCGCACCUGAGCAUCGGCUCGGGCAGCAACCACAGGAUGUCGGUCGCCAGCACGGCGUCGGCAAGCUCGAGCGCCCAGGCCGGCAAGCGCCGCGUGCGUCAAGUGUUCAGCCCCGUCUUGCCCGACGAGCUUGUGCUCUCCCUCGGCGAGUCGGUCGCCAUCCUCCAAUCCCACGACGAUGGUUGGUGCGUCAUCGGCCGCGAUUCUCCUUUCACCAAGGGCGAGACCGAAAUAGGUGCCUGCCCCGCGUGGUGCUUCGUCAAGCCCGUCAAGGGUCUCCGUGCCGAGCGCCCCGUGCGCUCGACCUCGCUCGGCGUCACCGUCAACCUCGAGACGUCCGGCUACUCCUCCAGGCAGGACAUCGUCUCCUGGUCCAACUUCUGAUCCUCCUCCCUUCCUCCUCCGUCUCUCCUCGCGCUCCCAGAGCGCAUCCGCCCACCUGGCCUUCACAUACCCUCGACCUCCUAUCGCUGUCAUCACGGGACCGGGUUCCCCCUUCCACUUCGUACCGGUAGUCCGGUUCGGAAUUACCAACGCAUCCUCCAUUUCCGCGUGUUUACUAGACGCAGACGCGCGCCGGCUGUAACAAGUACGUCCAGAGUCAUCAGCAUCAAUUCUCUCCCCGGAUCGC